AUGAGUUCUCGAACUUUGGGCUGGUCUCGGACGGCAAAGUCCUCAUUGACACAUCAUGUCGCUCGUCCUGAUCCCACCUCGGUGCGCUCGGCACAGUCACUCAAUCUCCGAGGUCAAAUCGCCGAAUUCUCGGGCAGCAGCGAGAGCCAAGACCGUCUAGGUCGCCGAGCAAAGGAGAAAUUGCUUGAUCGGGAAUUCUUUCUCAGCUUGCUGAGCUCCGCAUCCACCAAGCGCGAAGCUAAGUCCUACCUAGCUCGGCUCAAAGCCAGCCCUACCAAGUCCGCCCCAAAAUCACCUAUCGAGCCUCCGAAUGAGCCAUUAUCGGCAUCGCUCCCCUCCGGUGUGAAUUUGGGUUCGUUUUACGGUGCCUCCAGAGCCGUUUACGACAGUCCUGUGUUCCGACAAGAUACCACGCCUACUCCACGAGGACAGGAUUUGCCCGAAAGGUUACACCUGGCCCUGAUUAAAAUCACUACACCCCAGUCACUCGAUGAUUCCGUCAUCGAUGGGGUGGCCAAGACCUUGUCGCAGCUUGUGCGCCUGGGAAUGGCAUGCUGUGUAGUUGUCGACCCCGGCAAUCUGGAGAGCGCCGCUGCUGUGCGACAAACAGCUAUUGACCAGGCAAAUCGGAUUUCAGCUGCAAUCGAUGAGCAGCCGGACUCGAAAUCUUUCCGUUUGGACUCCGCGUUAUCCAUCAACGAGCAAGGCGCUGGUCCGCCCACCGUUCUAUCCCGGAAAGUUCUUCUGAGUGCUCUGCGGGAUGGUCAUGUAGUUCUUAUCCCGCCAAUUGCUUAUACAGAAGACAAUCCUCGAGCCGUUACAAUCUCUGCCAACGAUGCUGCGCUUGCCUUGACGAAAGAGUUUGCCGGGCUAUCCUUCACCCCCCACCCGGACGAGGAUCCCGCAGUCACAGUUGAUAGAAUCACUGCUCUUCAAAAAGAGGUGUCUCUGGACCGUGUCAUUGUACUGGAUGUCCUCGGGGGCAUUCCUGCACUUACUGGACCCCAGUCAUCCCAUGUCUUUAUCAACAUGGAGCAAGAGUUUGAUCAAAUUGUAGAUGAACUCUCCCAGGCACGACAGACUGCCGACGGGAACGAUUGCGACCCCGUAAAGCAGAUCAACACCGAAUCCACAAAUCCAAUCGUGGAGAGCAAUCCUUUCUCGAAGUUUGUCAAUCAAGAGAUCAUCUCACCAGGACAAUCCGACCCAACACCCAGCGCGGAGGCAACGCAGAAGGUACUCGAUGGUCAUCUCGAGAACCUGCGCUUCGCCCAGAAAGCACUGGCAAUGCUGCCGUCAGCCUCAUCAGGCAUCAUCACAUCCCCAGAAGAAGUCUCUCACUCAGCCCGGGCCCCUUCAAUGGCCGCAUCAGAUCUCUCAGCCGUCGGAACUCGUCGACAGCGCAACCCGCUGAUCCACAACCUCCUAACCGACAAGCCUCUCCUCUCCUCUUCGCUGCCCCCAGGUCGACGCAGCGCCUCCAGCAACGGCAAAACGGUCGCAGUCAGUCCCUUCACAUGCCACACCACAUUUGUCAAGCGCGGCAUGCCCCUCACCAUUCUCCCAAAUCCACACGUGCAAACAUGGACAGCCAACACCCACCCCCGACUCCAACUAAACGAUCCAACCAUCGACCUCCCCCGUCUAGUACACCUGAUCGAAGACUCCUUUGACCGCAAACUCGACGUCCAGAACUACCUCGAGCGAGUCAACGACCGGAUCGCAGGUAUAAUCGUCGCAGGCGAAUACGAAGGCGGCGCAAUCCUCACCUGGGAAACACCACCCGGGGUGGUGGACGACGGUAGCGAAGAAAGCGCCGCCCGCAUGGUCCCAUAUCUGGACAAAUUCGCCGUCCUGAAGCGAAGCCAGGGCGCAGGUGGUGUCGCCGACGUGGUCUUCAACGCGAUGGUGCGCACCUGCUUCCCCAAUGGGGUUUGCUGGCGUAGUCGUAAAGAUAACCCCGUUAACAAGUGGUACUUUGAGCGCUCGUCUGGUACUUGGAAGCUGGCUGAUAGUAACUGGACCAUGUUUUGGACUACGGCUGGUUUACCGGAGGAUGCUCAGCGCUUCCGGGAUUAUGAGGCUGUUUGCCGAAUGAUUCAGCCUAGUUGGGCUGAUAAGAAAAGUGUCAUUGAUUGA